GGCUCUGGUAGUAGCAACUUACUUUGACAGGACCGGAAGAAAGCCUCCUCCCUUCCUGCGGUUUCCUGGGCAACUACCCGGAAAUACCGUCAGUUCACUACGACGAAUGGGGUUGACGUGACAACGGAGAUGGAAGUGAACCGUUUGGACUUCUACAUCGGUCUCUCUCUGGCGGUGAGCUCGAGCGUUUUCAUCGGUGCCAGUUUCAUCCUGAAGAAGAAAGGCCUGCUGCGAUUGGCCAGCAAGGGUUCAAUGCGAGCAGGUCAAGGGGGGUAUGCUUACCUGAAAGAAUGGCUGUGGUGGGCAGGACUUAUUUCAAUGGGAACCGGAGAGGCUGCUAACUUCGCUGCUUAUGCAUUUGCGCCGGCCACACUGGUGACUCCUCUUGGAGCACUGAGUGUACUUGUAAGUGCUGUGCUCUCCUCUUACUUUCUGAACGAGAGGCUGAAUGUGCACGGGAAGAUCGGUUGUUUGCUGUGUGUCUUGGGCUCCACUGUGAUGGUGAUCCAUGCCCCACAGGAGGAGGAGGUGGCCUCUCUCAGUGCCAUGGCUGAGAAGCUCAAAGACCCAGGUUUCAUUGUGUUUGCUGUGUGCGUUGUGGGAAGCAGCCUGGUUCUUAUCUUUGCUGUGGCGCCGCGGUUUGGACAGAAGAAUGUGCUGGUCUACAUCCUGAUCUGCUCUGUGAUUGGCUCCCUGUCUGUGUCUUGUGUCAAGGGCCUGGGCAUUGGCAUUAAGGAGCUGUUUGCUGGGACAGCAGUGCUGAAGGAACCCCUGUUCUGGUCUUUAGUCAUCUGCCUGGUAAUCUGCAUCAGCGUUCAAAUCAGUUACUUGAACAAAGCGCUCGACAUCUUCAACACCUCCAUGGUCACUCCCAUAUACUACGUCUUCUUCACCACCGCCGUCAUGGCCUGCUCAGCCAUCCUCUUCAAGGAAUGGUUGAGAAUGACCACUGACGGGAUCAUGGGAACAAUUAGCGGGUUCCUCACCAUCAUUUUGGGGAUCUUCCUCCUCCACGCCUUCAAGGACAUUACAUUUAACUGUGAUUCCCUCCCAAACUACCUGAGGAAGGGUCCUCAGGGCUCUCCGUGGGGGCAGCAGCCUUAUGUGGCUCUUCCCAGCCACGACAUGCAAGCAGAGGAUGAUGUGAAGCUGCCCAGAGAGGGAGGCUCAAAGGGGGGCUGGGGUAUGCAUCAGAGGGCUCCGUAAGGGGGACCGAUAGUGUUGUCACUACUGAGGAAAAUUGCUUAUUGCAAUUCUGAAGCUUUAAUGCACAGUACAGCUUUACAGUGACUACGUUUACAUGCACAAAAUAUUCCAAUUUUUGCCCUUAGGAAUGCUACUCCUAUAAGACAUGGCUGUUUCCAUGGCUAAUGAAAAUCAAUACCCAGUAACAUGUCGUUUAUUGGGUGAAAAUAUGGAAAAGUGGAACAGCUGGGGUUGCUCGUGCCAUUUGCCUCCUUGUGUCAAAAUAAGUUCUCCACAGUGGCGUACUUGUUCGACUGUGCAAACACAAUCUCCCUUUUUUAUUCCUUCAACCACCUGCCUGAAAAGGUCGGCAUUGCGACAUUUGCACAUCUCCAAAAACCUGCUGACAUCCAAGUCUUUCUUUGUGUUUAAAAGAAGGUCUGUUUCUCCUUCUAACCAGAAAUGUGGGCAUUUCUUUUGGGGUUGCAUCUCCAUCCUUGCAAGCUGUUUGUGUAUAACAUAUGCAUGGUAACGCACAGAGCCAGCUGUAAACAGACAAAAGGCUAUGUGUCGUCAGCUGCAGUAAAAACCCCACUUUAGAUGCAUGUUCAGAAUAAACUGUCUACAUGUUUAAGGAAUACUGUUAAAACCGGAAUAGUAAGGGCAUAUCCCACGUCUUCAUUGGAAAAUGCUACAUUCAUAGUGGAAUAUUAGUGUGCAUGUAAACGUAGUCAGUGUGACAAGUUAGUUUACUAAAUCGGGGUCUUGAGUCGGUCUUAAACAAUGCAGUACGCACUGGAUGAACAAAGUUGCCCAAAGUGAACAAAAUGUUUCUGUCAGCACACUGGAUUUCUUGACCAUGACGGUACAUCCACAUCUUUAGUUAAAAAAUAGACAGGACAGUAUUAGAAUCUGAAGUAUAAUUUAUAUCAACGUGAAUGUUUGUCGCACUGCUGUGUACAUUUUUUUUUUUUUUUUUUACAGUUUAUCAAGUUAAAAAAAAUUAAUUGAGGGUUGAAUAGUAGCCUACGUAAACCAGACUGUGCCUUCUGUUACUGAAACCAAUAACCUUAUUUAUAGGUUGCACUUUUAACUAAGCAUAUUGUACAAAUGAUGAUUUUACAACCAGUGUAAAGGCAAAAAAAUGCCCUGAAUGCAUUUCAAUCAUCUGCUGAUGAUGAACAAGUUUGAGUAAGAUGAGUAACUGUAAUACCUCAGUAUUAUAUACAACCUGCACCAAAGAAUGUUUUUCCCUGUGUGGAUUAAUUCCCACCAUGUGCCAAGCUGUAACAUAUCUCUGAUGUAAAUUAACUUUUUAUGUGUUUGAUAAUGCUGAUUAAAACAUAAUUACGACACGA